AUGUGGUCUUGUAUAAAAGACUUCUUCACUUAUGAAACCACAAAGUCAGUGGUAGUGAAGAGCUGGACCAUCGGCAUCAUCAACCGCAUCGUGCAACUCCUCAUCAUCACUUACUUCAUUGGGUUCCCAUGGAUCGGGGUCACUACUUAUUCAGUCCACAGCAGGUGGGUGUUUGUCUAUGAGAAGGCCUAUCAGGUGAGAGACACAGCUAUUGAAUCCUCAGUGAUGACCAAGGUCAAAGGCUUUGGAAUCUACAAUGACAGGGUCAUGGAUGUUGCUGACUAUGUCACACCUGCACAAGGGGCUUCAGUCUUCUGCAUUAUCACCAAAAUGAUCACUACAGAGAACCAAGUUCAAGGUUACUGUCCUGAGAGUGAGAAGAAGUAUAUUUGUACCCAGGACAGUGACUGUACAAGGCACCUCAACAAGCCAGGAAGUUAUGGGAUUCUUACAGGGAAAUGUGUUCCUUUCAAUGCUACAGUCAAGAUGUGUGAGAUAAAAGGAUGGUGUCCUGCUGAGAUUGACACUAUCAAGACUAUACCAAUGAUGGAAGUGGAGAAUUUCACCAUCUUCAUUAAGAAUAGCAUCCGCUUCCCCACCUUCAACUACACUAAAGGGAACUUCCUUUCUACCAUCACUGAUGAUUACAUCAAAAAAUGUAACUUUGACAUGAUCAACAACACCUACUGCCCCAUCUUUAGAGUGGGAGAUGUGGUCCGCUACGCGCAGCAGAACUUCACGAAAUUGGCUGACAAGGGAGGAGUGAUUGGUAUAAAGAUCGGCUGGAUAUGUGAUCUGGACAAGUCAGACGACCAAUGUAACCCAUCAUACUCAUUCACCCGACUAGAUGCAAUGUCACAGAAGAAUGCUGUCUCUCCGGGCUACAAUUUCAGGUUUGCCAAAUACUAUAAAAUGGAGAAUGGGACAGACUACCGCACUUUGGUCAAAGCCUAUGCUAUUAGGUUUGAUGUUCUUGUCAAUGGAAAUGCAGGCAAGUUCAACAUGAUUCCUACACUCAUUAACAUGGUAGCAGCCUUCACAUCAGUUGGAGUGGGCACAGUGCUGUGUGACAUCAUACUGUUGAACUUCCUGAAAGGGGCAGAGCAGUACAAGGCCAAGAAAUUUGAAGAGGUUUCAGACAACCCGCUGGAUUCCCAAAGCAAUGGGCUGUACCGCUCACAGCUGUCACUCAGACAUAAUGAGACCAUCAUGAGGUCCAGUGACUCAGGGGCAUUUUCUAUUGAACAUUACAGGUAAAUGGACAGAACAACAACCAAUAGUCAGGGGGCAAUGGACUGAGGAAGACCAUCAAGGGUUGCUCUAAAACUGUUAAUGUCUUAGACAUGUCUUUACACAUUCAUGAGCCUAUACAGUACAUCAGUGUUACAAUGCCAGUAUUUAUGUCUAUGUAAAGAAACAUCUGAAGAACCUUGGAUUACUAUGUAAACCUUAGAUGUUUUGAAACAACUACACACAGUAACUAACAACAAUAACAAUAAUAAUACUAAUAACAUACAAAAGCAUGAAUGUGUUUGCAUGGUGACUCUUUUGGAAUAUGCCAUUGGCUCAGGAUUUUCUGAGCUUUCUGUAUUUAAAUGUUUCAUGAGAUCUCUUCCUUGAGAUCUCUUGCUUGCUUGUUUUGCACCUUACAUUGAAAUUACUGUAAUGCACUGCAACUACAUUAUUAGAGCCGUUGUGAUAAGAAACCAGGAAUAAACAAGAUUGCUAGCAUGAAAUAGUUCACUUGCUUGAACCUUCUUUAAUAGUUCUAUUGCUGUUUUCACUCCGAUACAUUUAUUCUGGGUAAUGGAGACUUAAUUUGAUAAAAAUAGUAAAUCAGUGACUGAGUGCACGCUUUUCUUAAUGUAUGUAUGUGUAUCCUAUGUUUGUGUAAGUGUGGUUAUACUGUAUAUCACGGCAAAAUCCUCUUGAAUAAAGGUAAAGCAUUUCAAAUGUGUUGCUUUUGUGCUGAGGGCUUCUAAAUGCUCUUAUCAUUUGGUGCAUGUAAUUAUUAUACAUAACUGUAUUAUGGUAAUGUUAUAAAGAAUAUCAUACAUACAUAGGACUGUAGGACUGUACUUUUGGAGGUUGCAUAGCUUUUUUUCAGUUCAUUCUGAUUAAACUCAAUGUUUCUGCACCUGGACAUGGUAGUAUUGUAUUUCAUGAAUAAUGAGCAAAAACUACACAGUUAUGCUAUUAUUAAGAGCAGCACAAAUGAUCAUGAGUUGAGUCAACACCAAAAACUGAUCAUUAUAUAUAUAUUAUAUUAUUCUUGAUGAUGGGAUUCAUUGUUACAUUUCAUUUUGGACUAUCAAAUUAGACUGCAUCAGGUUUAGCUGCACUAAAAUCACCUUCAUGAGGACAUGGAGGACAUAAGCUUACAUACUCUGCAUUAAGUGGUUCACUGGGAUUCACACUCUUUCAAAGCCUCGUUGUGGUUUUCUUUUUAUUUCUUCUUUCCCUCAUGUAGGAGGUUGUGGUGUGGGUUUGAUAAAAGCAGGCAUCUUGUCUCACAGUAUCCCACACACUACCUUAAUGUGUUUAUGUGUCUGUUACAGAAACAGCAUUUCAAUAAUUCAUUUCUAUUUCUAUUGAUCAGUGGUUGCUGGAAGCUAUUGUUACUUCAGUCCUGAACCAUCUCAGCAUGCCGUGUUAUGUUUUUGUGGAUAUUGUGUGGAUUUAGAUGAAUUUAUGCCCCUGGAUGCUACAGUCAGAGGUGCUAACUGAUACUCAGAGACCUGAUUACCUGAAUGAAAAUUCCAUUCUUGAACACUAGAGAGUUAGAGCCAAUGAUCAUUACAGAUAAUAAUAACGUGUGUAUGUAUAAUCCCCUGCCUCCGGCCUUGUGAUGGUAAUGUCGAUUACCAUCUAACAUGCAAUGUAACAUAAGAUAUCUCAAUCAGUAAGGUGCUAUGAAAUAUUUGGCUUGGUAGGCAGUGACCUUUCAAUGGUACAUCUGUCUACAUUCAAUGCAGCAGCACAGUUUUAUCUUACGCAUGGAUAGACUGCAUAUCAUCUACACUGGUUAGGCUGUAACUGUAACUUGCCCCAGGGGAAUUCUAUAUUCGGGCAAGUGAAAUGCCUCAUUUUUAAAGGCUUAAAAGUCUUCAAAAUCUGCUAUGUAAAUAUUUUAUAAAGGACAUGCACUCUACACAUGUUGGUAGAACACGCCUGAUCCGAAUGGACUGAUUGCUUGGUAUUCCCGUUUGCAGCUUUCUCAAGAACUGUUC